CUUCCCGAGCGCAGAACGAGACGUGGAACGCGCGCGCGCCGCGCAACGCCGCCAGGCAUCGAUCGCGAGUAGAUAGAUAGCUAGCUCUCUGGACGCGCACGCGACCAAACCCAGAGCCAGAAUAUAGGAUGGCGGACGCCAACGUCGCCGCCGUAGCCGCCAACGCCGCCGCCUCGGCCUCGGCGCAGCCGCUGGCGGGGCGCGUGGCCAUCGUGACAGGCGCGUCGCGCGGCAUCGGGCGCGCCAUCGCGGCGCACCUGUCCUCCCUGGGCGCGAGCCUCGUGCUGGGGUACGUGUUGCGCGCCGACGAGGCCGCCGCGCUCGCCGCGUCGCUGCCCCGCGCCGUGGCCGUGCGGGCCGACGUCGCCGACGAGGCCGGCGUGCGGUCGCUCUUCGACGCCGCCGCGUCCGCGUUCGGCGCCCCCGCCCCGCACAUCCUCGUCGCCAACGCCGGCGUGCUCGACGACGCGUACCCGUCCGUGGCCAACACCGCCACCGAGUCCUUCGACCGCACCAUCGCCGUAAACCUGCGCGGCGCGUUCCUGUGCCUCCGGGAGGCGGCGCGCCGGCUCCCCCGCGGCGGCGGUGGGCGGAUCGUGGCCGUGACGUCGUCCGUGGUGGGGAGCCUCCCGGAGGGGCACGCGGCGUACACGGCGUCCAAGGCGGCCGUGGAGGCGCUGGUGCGGACCAUGGCCAAGGAGCUCAAGGGCACCCGCAUCACCGCCAACUGCGUGGCCCCCGGGCCCACGGCCACGGACUUGUUCUUCGCCGGGAAGAGCGAGGAGAUGGUGCGGCGCAACGUGGUGAACAACCCGAUGCAGAGGCUCGGGGAGCCCGGCGACAUCGCGCCGGUGGUCGGGUUCCUCUGCACCGACGCCGCCGAGUGGGUCAACGGACAGGUCAUCCGGGCUAAUGGCGGCUACGUGUGAACGUGCGAUUAGACACUUAUUAUUCCAGUGUUAUGUAAUGGCACUUGAUAACCAUCUUUGCCUUCCGUUUGUUGUUCCGCGAUCCUUUUUUUUUUUCUUGAAACCUAGCAUUCUUUCGCCGUCUUGUUCUUCUCAUCCUGCAGUUUGUUAAAAUCCCUUUCUUUUCCACCAAAUUACCCAACCAUGAGGUCAAAAGUUCAUUUCAUCA